UAUAUGAUGUUAUAUCAUAGGGCGCGAAUGCUGACGCACACGGAAAUCCCGCAAUUGCUCAAGAGGCACCACAUAGUAAAAGGAUAUCGCCCGUUAUACCAGCCCGUGCACUACUACUACAUCUCAGCAUUCCGCCCUCACAACGAAUUGAUCAACAUCUGGACCCAUCUUGUUCCAGCUAUCUGCUUGAUUGUGUUCUACUUAAUUCCUGAAGUGAAAUCUCCUACAAGGAGAUUACCUGUGUUGGUAUUAUACACGGGCAUAGGCGUCCUUCUGUUUGCAUCCGCUAUGGCACAUUUACUGCACUCACGAUCUACACACGAUCACAUAUUUUGGUUUCUAAUUGAUUUUACUGGAAUAGCAUUAUUUGGGUGUUCUAUUGGUCUUCAGCGAUACAGUUGCAGCAAAGACAUGUCCAUGCUUAUGACAGUGGGUUAUGUUCCGGGCUUGCUACUUGUUGUUCUAGUUCUUCAAUUUCUUUCUGCUAGUUACAUGUUUGUAUGCCGGCCAGACUAUAAAUGGAGGCUAGAAAUCCGAAUGCUUACAUGCUUGCUGCUGGCAGCAUGGGCGUCAGUACCCUUGUUGAGUCGAUACAUGGGAGAAAAUGUUACCGUAGAUGAAUCACUGUACUUGCAUACAAAUGCGCUCAACUGGUUAUUGUUGAGCGGGGUUUUUAUGGGAGCAAAAGUACCAGAACGUUUUGCUCCUGGUCUAUUCGACAUUUUCGGCUAUGGUCACCAGCUAUUCCACUUGUGCAUCACUAUGGUCGCAUGGAAUCUUUGUGACGCAGCGCACUACGAUUGUGCACCAGCUCCAUGGACCUCGCCAAGAAACAUCGCUAUAAGUGUCGCAUUCCUUCUUUCAGUUUUCUUCACCGUAGGCACGGUGAAGAUCCUAUCAAAGAAAGCGCAGACACUCAAGUAUGAUUAGAUACACGUUAUAAGCGUCAACGGGUUUAUUUUCAUUCAUUUUAGUGCAAUGUGUUAGAUUAGAUAUCAAAGUUAACUUGAGUGCAAUGUGAAUGUUCUUGUUUGUUGAGAAAGAAUUGAUAUCGUUGAGAUCUCAUUAAGAUGAUGUGAUACAUUAGUGACCAAUUCAGGAAAAUCGUCGAGUUGCCAAAUACUUUUUAAGUGCAUAUUGUUACCUAGGUAAAAUUAUCCAAUCCAGUUAGGAAUUUAUCAAAUGAUUCUCGAGG